CCCUCCCCCCCCAAGAACCUUCAACUGUCAAGCCCUGUGCUAGGUCCUGCUUGCACUAGGAGUUCACCUGAUAGCCCUCGGCAUGCUGUACUCCCCAGAGCCCAUUUUUAAUGAGAAUGGAAUGGUGGCCUUCAUAAACAGUAACAGGCUCAAGGCCAAGGGCGUGGGCCAACACCAAAACGCCCGCAACUACAAGAACCAGAACUUUGAGGAAAUUCGAGCAGCGUGUCUAAGGAAGGGGGAACUGUUUGAGGACCCCUUCUUCCCUGCUGAGCCCAAGUCUUUAGGCUUCAAGGACCUGGGCCCCAGCUCCAAACAGGUUCAGAACAUCUACUGGCAGCGACCCAAGGAUAUCACGCAUAACCCCCAGUUCAUUACGGAUGACUUCUCCCCCACAGACAUCUGCCAAGGGGUCCUCGGGGACUGCUGGUUGCUGGCCGCUAUUGGCGCCCUUACCACGUACCCCAAACUGCUGUACCGUGUGGUGCCCAAGGGCCAGAACUUCAAGAAAAACUAUGCUGGCAUCUUCCAUUUUCAGCUUUGGCAGUUCGGGCAGUGGACGAACGUGGUGGUGGACGACCGACUGCCCACCAGGAAUAACAAGCUGGUGUUCGUGCACGGCUCCCAGCGCCAGGAAUUCUGGAGCGCCCUCCUGGAGAAGGCCUAUGCCAAGCUGAACGGAUCCUACGAAGCGCUGGCGGGAGGAAGCACCAUAGAGGGUUUCGAGGACUUCACCGGCGGCGUGGCCCAGAGCAUUCGGCUCCGUCAGCCCCCUCACAACAUGCUAAGGCUCCUCAGGAAAGCCCUGGAGAAGUCUUCCCUUAUGGGCUGUUCCAUCGAAAUCACCAGCACUAGUGACUUUGAAACGAUGACCCACAAUAUGCUGGUGAGAGGACACGCUUACUCAGUAACUGGCCUUGAGGAUGUCUACUACAGAGACAAGGUAGAAACCCUGAUCCGGGUCCAGAAUCCCUGGGGCCGGAUUGAGUGGAACGGAGCCUGGAGUGACAGAGCCAGGGAGUGGGAAGAGGUGAGUGUGGACGUCCAGCUACAGCUGCUACGAAAGAAGGAAGAUGGGGAGUUCUGGAUGUCCUAUGAAGACUUCAUGAGCAACUUCACGCUCCUGGAGAUCUGCAACCUCACCCCUGACGCACUGUCUCCCUUGGAGCACAAGAGCUGCUGGCACACGACGUUUUAUGAGGGCAGCUGGCGGAAGGGAAGCACCGCGGGCGGCUGCCGGAACAACCCCGAGACGUUCUGGAGCAACCCCCAGUUUAAGAUCUGUCUCCCGGAGGAGGACGACCCAGAGGACAACUCUGAGAAGAGCGAGGUGGUCUGUACCUGCCUGGUGGCCCUGAUGCAGAAGAACUGGAGACAUGGGCGGCAAGAGGGGGCCCAGCUGCUCACCAUAGGCUUCGUCAUCUUCUCGGUCCCAAAGGAGGUACAAAAGGCUUACUCCUGGGCAGGGUACAUACAGUUUCAGAACCUCCAGGACAUCCAUCUGAAGAAAGAGUUCUUCCUGAAAUAUCGGGACCACGGCUUUUCAGAGAUCUUUACCAACUCACGAGAGGUGCACAGUCAUCUUCGGCUGCCUCCAGGGGAAUACAUCAUUAUCCCCUCCACCUUUGAGCCCCAUAAAGACGCUGACUUCCUGCUUCGGGUCUUUACGGAAAAACACAGUGAGACCUGGUUGCUGGAUGAAGUCAACCGGGCUGAGCAUUUCCAAGAGGAGACCAUCUCUGAGAAGGAUUUGGACCAGGACUCCAUCCAUUUGUUUGAGAUGGUGGCAGACAAGGACAAGGAAGUAGACAUGUAUGAGCUUCACAAGCUCCUCAACAAGCUGGCGAAUAAAUUCAAGAACUUCAAGACUAGAGGCUUUAGCUUAGAUGUCUGUCGCCGCAUGAUCAACCUCAUGGAUAAAGAUGGUACUGGCAAGCUGGGUCUUCUGGAGUUCCAGAUCCUGUGGAAAAAGAUCAAGAAAUGGACGGACAUCUUCAAAGAGUGUGAUGAAGACCGCUCUGGGACCUUGAACUCCUACGAGAUGCGCUUGGCAAUAGAGAAAGCAGGCAUUAAGAUGACCAAUAAGGUAACUGAGGUGGUGGUGGCUAGGUAUGCGGAUGAUCACAUGAUCGUGGACUUUGACAGCUUCAUCAACUGCUUCCUGAGGCUAAAGGCCAUGUUUGCAUUCUUCCUAUCCAUGGACACCCAGAAAACUGGUUCUAUUUGCUUAAAUAUGGAGCAGAGCCAGAAAUGAUGCCAUCAUAGAACCUUCCUCUCAUGACCCCAGCCUCCUAGACAGGACUACCCCACUUCCCUUAGAAACCCGUGUUCCACAGAACAACUAGAAUCCUCUCUGGUCCAAAGGAAACUCCGUUUCCCCAAAUUUUGGUGGAUAGGCAAAAGCCAGCGUUCCUCAGGCACUGUGAAGCCAGAUCCCCUCUACCAAACCGAGCAGAAGGGACAAAUGUUUACCUGGUGCCUCUUAGCACACCCAAGCUCGUGGUGGCCUCCGGGCUCCCUCUGUAUCCCAAGUGCCUGUGACACAUUUCCGAGUCCACGCUGGCAUCCUGACUCUUCUCAGGUCUUUUUACGCCUGCCCUCUCCCCAAACGUCCUCCGGCUCGUGGGCUUUCCUCCCCUGCUUACUGUGAGCUCUCCUCAUCUAGCCCUGCUAUUAUGGCUCUCUCUCUCUCUCUCUCUCUCUCUCUCUCUCUCUCUCUCUUGUCUUCCUCUCUCUUGUCUUCCCCUCUCUUUACCCACUCUUUCGCUCCCUCACUUUUGCCCACUUUGCCCACUCUCUCUCGGUCUUCCUCUCAGUCCCCCUCUCUCUGUCUCUCUCUCCCAUCUCCCUCUUCUGCCUCGAUCUGCUGGCCAUGUUUAAUUCACUGCUUUCUCCCUCUGCUCCUCACUGCUCGGACGCCUCUGGCUGUUCUCUCCCUCAUAUCUACAAUAAAAACGCCCCCUCAACCAUA